AAAAUGUUUCAUCUUCACGAAUUACUUUGCCCUAACCACUUCACUCCUUUACAUUACUUACCACCAAAACCAACAACACAUUACACAACACAUCUCAUCUCUCUAAAAAGAUAACACACCUGAUCUGAUCGCAUAGUUUCCUCCUUCCUCCAAUGGCGGAGCCGCAACCUGAGAAAACCCUAACUCUAUCCCAGCAAUAUGCAUUGGAGAAAGAGGACAAGGUGGGUGUGGAUACAAAACCUGUGGAAGUAAAAGAAGUUGAAAACACAGUGAAUGCUACUUCUGAGGAAGUAGUCGCUGAGAGAGAUGAGGAACCACCAGCUGCAUCCCCCAAGGAAAGCACUGAAGUUCCUGCUCCUGCUGCUGAAGAAAGUAGUGACUCUGCCCCUUCAGCUGUUGUUGGUGGAGAAAGCUCUGAAGCCAGUGCUGAUGCAGCUGAAACCAGCAAUGAAACUGCCGCCGAGGAAAACACUGAAAAUGCUGAAAACUCAAGUGAGCAAGAAGCUGUAGAAGAAGAGGCACCGGAGAUUAAGCUUGAGACAGCACCAGCAGAUUUCCGUUUCCCCACUACAAAUCAAACAAGGCAUUGCUUUACCCGAUACAUAGAGUAUCAUCGGUGCGUAGCUGCAAAAGGUGAAGAUGCACCAGAGUGUGAUAAGUUUCAGAAAUAUUAUCGUUCUCUUUGCCCUGGUGAAUGGGUCGAGCGAUGGAAUGAGCAAAGGGAGAACGGAACCUUCCCAGGUCCUCUAUAGACAGUGACUGUUUAAAAGUGCCUUGAUAUGCCAUGUCAUCUGCUUUUAUGCCCAAGUUGGGUGUUCUGGUAGAUGAACUUCUGUGAUGAGAAUUGAACUCUCAGGGAAUUUCUUAAACAAUGAGCUAAUAAGAAAUUUGGCUUGUUUUUGGAUACAGAAUAUUUACUGCUUCAUAAAAGUCAUUUAUAUUGAUAUUAAAAUGAGGAAAGCCUUUCUUAUGACAUUUCUCUGGCUUACAUGUGCAACAGCCAUUUGUUAUUUUUAUAGACACCACCCCUAUUUGCUCUUGGGGUUUUGUUUUGUUAAAAGUGUCUUCCAAUAAAUUAAAGAUGAUGAUAGGUUUUCUGUGUA